AUGGCGAUCUGUACUUAUAACGCACGUACGCUUACAUCAGAAGCGACCAUCGAAUAUCUGAUGAUGCAAGCCAAGAAGAUCAAGUACGAUGUCAUCGGACUGACCGAGACGAGACGACGUCACCCUCUCAACGCCGUAUAUGAAACUGGAGAAGAAAUGUUCUUAGGAACAUGCGACAGUAGAGGUGUUGGUGGAGUCGUCAACACAAGAACGGCAAAAAACAUCGACUCUUUCGAACAACUUACGACCCGAAUCGGACGUCUGCGGAUGAGAAGAUGUGGUCCAACACCAGCUUUGACUAUCUUCGUCGCUUACGCUCCAACAUCAAGUACGAAGAACUUAGACCAUUUACAAGGUCAUCAUUGGCAUUUCAACGCCAAAGCCCAAGAAACGCUGGAGGAACUUCACAUCGGGACCCACGGCCUACAAUGGAAUGACCAGGGGGAGAGGCUCCCCGAGUUCAUCAUGACGACUAUGACCAUCUAUGGGAAUUCGCAAUUCCAGAAGCCCUCCUCCCUACGCUGGAUGUUCUGCCUGACGGACGUCGGUGUUGUACCAAAGUUCUAUACGGGAUCGGACCAUCGCCUCCUCCGAGGAAGAUUUUCCCUCACAAGGAGAGCAGAGAAAGCUGCCAAGUUCAGAGGGAGAAAUCCCAGGACUAUCAUCAACUGGGAUCUCUUCGCUACGUUAGCCGGCUUUUGGGAAGAUUCCGCAAUGGACAACAUCGACGAGGAAUAUGACCGGCUCGUUGAACACCUUCACGACUGCGCGAAGAAGGCUGAGAGUUUUAAAACCACCAAGAGACGCCUGUCUCUUCAAACUCUUGAGCUGAUACGCCAGCAUGGAGCAGCACGAGCCGCAGGGAACCAAGAACUCACGUCAGAGCUCGCAAGGCUUUGCCGAGAGGGGAUAAAGGAAGAUCUUAAAGAGAGAAGAGCAGAAGUGCUGGCUGAAGCUGCAGAGGCGGGGAAAAGCAUCCGCUAUGCCCGUCGAGACUUCGCCAGUCGCAAGACGAGGAUGACUGCUAUCCGGAACCCAAAGGGAACAGCCGUUGCAUCGAGAAGGGGGAUGGAGAAAAUCAUCUACGACUUCUACUCUGAUCUCUUCGACAGCCAUGUCCACUUGUCUCCUCACCAUCUGAGGGAAGAUGGACAAGUCAUUCCAGACGUUCUCCCGUCCGAAAUACGACAUGCUAUCAUGUCGGUAAGAAGUCGUACUGCACAUUUUCUUGACAGAACAAGACCAGAACAGCUGAAGAACCUUUUGCCAGUACUAAUCAACACCCUGACGAGGCUCUUUACACGUAACCUGUCGGAAUGCAAGGUUCCUAAACAGUGGAAGACCGACAAGACCGUGUUGUUGUAUAAAAAGGGAGAUCCACAUGACAUCGGCAACUAUCGUCCAAUCUGCCUACUGUCCGUCAUCUACAAGCUCUUUACAAGAGUGAUCCUUAAUAGGAUUGAAAAAGUCCUGGAUGAAGGACAGCCAUGCGACCAAGCGGGGUUUCGAAAAGGAUUCAGCACGAUUGACCACAUUCACGCUGUUUCAAAACUCAUCGAGGUAUCACGAGAGUACAAGAUGCCGCUCUGUCUCACCUUCAUCGACUUGAAGAAGGCCUUCGACUCAGUUGAGACGGAAGCGGUCGCGGAAGCCUUGGACAACCAAGACGUCCCUACUCAGAACAUAAUGGUACUUCGAGAGUUGUACAGUAACUUCACAACCGGAAUUUCGCCAUUCUACAAUAACAUCAUCAUUGACGUGAAGAGGGUGGUCCGACAGGGUGAUACAGUUCCACCCAAAAUAUUUACAGCCACCCUCGAGAACGCAAUGCGAAAGUUGGAAUGGGACGACAUGGGAGUGAAGGUUGAUGGUCGGCAGCUACACCAUUUGCGCUUCGCUGAUGACGUCGUACUGAUAACACCUAGCAUCAGCCAAGCGGAACGAAUGCUGACCGAAUUCGACGAAACAUGUGGAUGCAUCGGUCUUCAGCUGAAUCUCCAAAAGACGAUGUUCAUGCGGAACGGAUGGGUCUCGGAUGCCCCAUUCACGCUAAACGGAACGAAUAUAUCCGAAUGCACAAGCUACGUUUAUCUGGGUCGGGAACUGAACAUGAUGAACGACCUGACCCCCGAGCUGGGCAGGAGGAGACGAGCGGCUUGGGGAGCGUACAAGAGCAUCGAGGAUGUAGUGAAGAAGACCAGGAACACCCGACUCCGUGCUCACCUCUUCAACACCACCGUACUUCCUGCUUUGACCUAUGCUUCGGAAACCUGGGCAUUUCGCAAGCAGGAAGAAAACGCGGUGAGCGUCAUUGAACGCGCAAUUGAGGGAGUGAUGCUAGGAGUAUCCCGUUUCACGCAAGUGAGGGACGGGAUUCGAAGUUCUCUCCUACGUCAGCGAUCGAAGAUUAGAGACGCCGCCGCGUUUGCCAAGGUAAGUAAAAUAAGGUGGGCCGGACACGUGAUGCGCUUUAAUGACAACCGUUGGACCAAAGCCGUGAGCGACUGGGUUCCCCGCGAUAUUAAGCGCACUAGAGGAAGGCCGCCGACCCGAUGGUCAGAUUUCUUCACGAAACCCUUCAAAGAAAAAUAUGAUGCUCUUCGUGUCCCACGCGAAAGGAGGAACCACUGGGCUACUCUGGCACGCGAUCGGGAAAAAUGGAAGAAUUACUGGCAUCGACCACGUCGACCACCACCCGUUACUCGACCAGUUCGAAGAUCAACGGGAGUCAAGGUGAUCAAGGUGACUGUACGAGAGGACUCACUAUUUUAG